UCUGUAAUUACACCAGAGCUGCAGAGCAUACAGAGGAUGUGUUGCAACACUGUCAGCGUACUCUGAACAGAUUUCUGGGAUUUUGUUUGUAAUUAUUAUCAGCAAAGGACAUAACAGUAUAUCACAUUUGGGCUGACAGCUGAGUGACAAUGCCAGAGGAGAAAGUGUUUCAGCAGCAGGCUGUCCACAGCCCUCUGGAGCAACAGAAGCAGAUGCAGAAACAGAACCAGGGUGGUGGUGGAGGACCUGUCGCCUGUCAGAACUGUGGAAAGCCCUGCAAAGGGGAGGCACUUCGAGUUCAGAACAAACACUUCCACAUCAAGUGUUUCAUUUGCAAAGUAUGUGGCUGUGAACUGGCCCAGGGAGGUUUCUUUGUGCGGCAGGGUGAAUACAUCUGUACUCUGGACUACCAGCGGCUGUAUGGGACUCGCUGCUUCAGCUGCCAGGACUUCAUCGAGGGGGAGGUUGUGUCUGCGCUGGGCAAGACCUACCAUCCACGCUGCUUUGUCUGCACCUCAUGCAAACAGCCAUUCCCAGCCGGUGACCGAGUGACAUUUAAUGGGAAGGAGUGUAUCUGCCAAAAGUGUACCCAGCCUCUUCCUGCCAACACCCCUGCACCCAUACAGGCUGUCCACAAUUGCUGUGGCUGUGGAAAGGAAUUUAAAAAUGAACAGUCACUUGUGGCACUGGACAAGCACUGGCACCUGGGCUGCUUCAAGUGUAAAGUCUGCAACAAGGUGCUCAAUGCUGAGUACAUCAGCAAGGAUGGGAUCCCCUACUGUGAGAUGGACUACCAUGCCAUGUUUGGCAUCCAGUGUGAGAGCUGCAAGAAGUACAUCACGGGGAAAGUCCUUGAGGCUGGCGAGAAACAUUACCAUCCCACAUGUGCACGCUGCAUCCGGUGUGAGCAGAUGUUUGCAGAGGGAGAAGAAAUGUACCUGCAAGGAUCUUCAAUCUGGCAUCCUCCAUGCAGACAAGCAGCGAAACAGGAGGAGAAGAGUAAGAAGCAGGUCCGGAUACAACUCAAUGAUGCCCUUGAGCAGCAGAUGACUCGGACUUCGUCAGAAAGCAUCACUUCUGUUCCAGCAUCCAGCGCCUCAGGAUCUCCCAGCAGAGUCAUCUAUGCCAAGCUAGGAGAGGAGAUGCUGGACUACAAGGACCUGGCAGCCCUUCCAAAGACCAAGGCCAUCUAUAACAUAGAUAGGCCUGACAUGUUGUCCUACUCUCCCUAUGUUAGCUACCCAUCUGAUGACAGGCACUAUGGAGAGUCUCCACAGCUGCUUUCUACUACUCCUACUGAGGGUGAUGGGGAGAAAUCACCUCGUCAGCGGAGGCCCUCAAGCCCCAGCUCUAACAGCUCCUUGGGUGGUUAUGGGCGGUAUACACCAUCCCGCUCCCCUCAGAACUAUAGCCGACCAGGACCAGAGAUAUUCCUUGGUGGUAGACACAGCAGCCAAGCCCGUGACUACAGUUCUCUCCCUUUGCCCCCAGCGCUAAUGGGUGGCAUUAAGUACCCUUCCACCUGGGCCAGGAACAUGUCCUCCCCCCCUUUGUACUAUUCUGGUGGGGCUGAAGGGAGCAUUGGCGGUGGUAGUAGUGGCAAGUACUCACCUACACCAACAGGUGGUAGUGCGGGCUUGUCUUUACACCUAAACCCCACCACCCUGGCUAUGCUGCAGCAGCACAACUACAUCCCUUACUUCAGAGGUAGUGAAAGUGGUCGGAGUACCCCCAGCUUAUCCACCUAUUCCGAUGGCAAAUCCCCCUCAUCUACUUCUACAUACGUGGCUGCUCCCCGGCAUUUCCACAUACCAGAUACUAUGGUCAAAGAUAAUAUCUAUAGAAAACCUCCCAUCUACAAACAGCAUGCUUCUAGAACAUCCUGGCAGGAUGGUGAGGAUAGCAAGAGGAGUUGGAUGAUACUGAAGAGUGAGAUUGAUGGACAGAUGGGUCCAGAAGACAUGGACCCCCGCAAAUCAACCUGCAGUCUGCCCACUGACACUUCCCAACCAAAUUUCCCCUACAAUAAGUCUGCGUCUUUACCUGGCUAUGGAAGAAAUGGCAUCUACAAGACUGCUGAGAUGAUGGAGGAUGAAGUGGAUCCAGACUCCCAGAGCUGGGGUGGCAUGAGAGAGUACAAGGUCUACCCUUAUGAAAUGCUGGCAGUGACGCAUAGAGUGAAAGUGAAACUUCCCAGAGACGUAGACCGCACCAGACUGGAGAGACACCUAUCUCCAGAGGACUUCCAGCAGGUGUUUGGCAUGACCCUGGAGCAGUUUGACCGCCUCGCUCUCUGGAAGAAGAACGAGCUGAAGAAGAAAGCUCGCCUCUUUUAGACAGAAAAAAAAAAAGUCACUGAGAAAAAUCUCUGGAAGGAAACAAAAUACAAAAAAAAAAAAAAAAGCCCCAUCAGAAAUAUCUAUAUAUGCACCACCAUGAUACCCCUUUAUCCUACUUUCCACCUGUAAAACGCCAUGCCUGUGAAGCCACAGAGAGGCACUCUGUGUGGGGACAGUUUCACAACGUUGAGGCAGCAUCUAUAGCUUUUUGUAUGCAGUGUGAUCCAAAUGUUUGACUGACAACCUUAUGGAUGAAAAUGAGGAGCUGCGUUUGCAUGGCCUGUGCUGAUGCUCUUUUCCUACUGUGUGGUUUUUGCCUUCACCCCUGAUACUUCCAUAUCUCAACGCUUUCAUACCCCAUAUAAAAUGACAGCUUUUUCUAAUUCUCAUGCAGGCUUUCCUCCAGGUUUCUGUGGUUCGGAAUGUUUUUUAUGCACCUGCUUUUAUUCUGUUGGUCUUGAUUUAUCUCUGUUUCUAUACUGAGUUUGCUUUCUCUUUGUGAGGUUUUAUUAUCCUGUCUCUUUCUACAUAUGUUUGCUGCACUGCCUUUUCUGUCUUGAUGUGUCUGCUUCUUGCUCUAUGUUACUGUUAGAGAGUCAAGCCAGUCCAUUUUUAGACCCUUGCUGUUACUUUAGCACAGUGAAGAGACUGUAGACUUGUACAUUCAUUGUUGAAGCAUGCCAAGGCCAAAGACAGGGAUAAAAAAAACAAAAACAACUUCAGCUUCUCUGCUCUUUUACUUCAAAAACUGUCUAAAAGCACCUUAUCUUUUGGUUUUGGUUUUCCUUCUUGUUCUUCUCAGUCAGAGAAGUUGGCAUUGUAAGUAUGAUAUGCGUGCUCUGAUAUGUUUGAAUGCAGCUUCAUAUCUCAUGCAAGCCUCUCAUAAAUCAGCACGGAUAUGAUAGCCAGGAGCUGGAUGCCAGCCACAACAUUGCAGAGAACCACAGUCAAAGAGAGGAAGGAAAGCAGGGGUAGAAUACAGAAGGUUUCAAGAUGUACAAACAUGUCAAACAUGCUGCAAUGCCAGGGGGACAUGUGCACUCACAUCAAGAACAAAAGCAUACAAACAACAAAAAAAAAAAAUUAUUUUUAUAAGCUAUUUUUGACUUCUGGGAAGGAUCAUUAAAUCAGUCAGGAGACGCAGCUGAGAGAAUCAUGAUUUUGUUUGAAGAAAAAAAUAAGCCCAUGCAGACUUUAAGCUUCACAUAACUGCAGCAGACAUAAGCUGAACAAGAGCAGUCUCGUUUGAUUUAAAAGUCAAUACUCUAACUGUGUUAUAUCUAUCAGCUGGAGAGUUAACUCUUUAAAUGUUUGUUCUUUAAAAGUAUUGUUGCAUUUAAGCUGAAGCCCAUCAGCUUUGCUUGAUUUUCUGGACCGUAAAUUGCUCAACUUGCCAACUAACAUACUGUAAGAUGUAUGUAAGCAUAUACUGGACAUAUAUCAGAUUUAUCUGUCUGUAUACAAGCCAUGGUGUAACUCUUUAAGCAUGCAUGAGGAUGGGGAAAUGGGGUUUGCCCACUGACCUCAUAUUAGAAAUGAAUGACAUCAGUUUGAGUGACUGAUUAUUUUCUGGCCAAAUGACAUGCCCAAGCUCAACUUGUUGCAUUAGUUUGUGUUAGGUAUUUAUUUAAUUGCAAUACUGGAAAAUGGACUUUAUUUUUGAAAUCUUGAGGGUGUUGUGUCCAGUGUGUAAGCAUCACAAAGAAGAGUGCUUUUGAAAAGAAACAUAUCAAAUUUUGAGUUUAAUGAGUGUUAAGUCAAAUGUUGCUCCUGUAAGUAACAUACUAACUGUUGUCAUGCAUUGUCAUGUCCUCUUUCUAAUACUCAUCUACUAUUAAAGUGCUUUAUCCAAACUACA